AUGUUUAAUCUAAACUUCUCAGCUAAAAUUAAACAAGCCGAAGAACAUAUAAGACACGGUGAAAAAUAUCUGAAAACAUCAUUUCUUAAAUGGAAACCAGAUUUAGAUUCAGCUAUUGAUGAAUUUGAUAAAGCAUGUACUUGUUAUCGUGUAGCUGAAAAAUAUGAACAAUGUCGAGAUUUAUCAUUACGAGUAGCUGAAUUACAAAUACAAAAAGGUAAUUUCUUACUUAAGAACAUACUAAAACAGAGCUACUAGGCUAAGUCAAUUUUUUUCUUGUUAGCCUAAUCUACUUGACAGUAAUGUGAUAAUCCAUUUCAAUUAUUAGAUAUUGUUACAGGUUAAGUUCCAUUUCAUCAAUACUUUCUAUUCGGUAGUAUUUUAUAAACAAACAUUGAUUUCGAACAAUGAUUCUUUUAAUUCGUAUGAAUGCUUGUUCAUAUAACCCCAAUACAAAACAUCCACAAAUUCGCUAAUUGACAACGUUUUUCUGACGUUUCUUCUCAUGGCAGCGUUCAUUUUAUUGAAAAUGUCGGAUAAUGUCAUCAUCGUUUAGAUUAUAUUUUUUUUUUUCGUUCAAGGCAAUAUUUCUUGAGAAAAAUUCUGAAAUUGCUCAGAAAUAAUAUGCGUUGAUGGAAAGGAUAAAAUAUUCUGUCAAUAAAAUGAGAAGAUACCUCAUCGUUACAUAUCAUAACAAACAGCUGGUAUCAAAAUUUUCUUAUUGUGAUAUUAGUUAGAAAAUGAUCAAAUACUACAAAAACGUAAGGCAUUGUUUUUUGCUAUCAGUUCAUAUAAGGUGGUGAAAACAGUUUAACGAUAAUGUAUUUUUUCUAUAAUGUUAAGUAAUUAGAUCAAAGUUAGAUAGUCAUUUUAAUAGCCAAUAGAGUUUUCUAUAUCAAGGUUGCAUAGAUGAAGUAAGAUGAAACGAUAGUUUUCAAAUUCCUGCAUACUUUGUCGAAGCUAGUUUUUUAACAAUGCCCUUUUUAAGAGUGAAACAAUUCUGAGCGACAUAACGGAUCGUCAAAUUUUCUAUGAGUAUUCCUUAAAAAGUUAAAAGCAUCACAAAAGCUGAAAAGAAAUGAAAUUUAUCAGGAAAAAAAUCAACUAAAACCACCUUCUUUUUUUUAAUUUUUGUGAUACUGUCAACUUUUUAAGGGAAGAUCGUAGGAAAUAUAGCGAUGCCUUCCUUUUCUAUGAGAUACUACGAGCAAAAAAUUAAUAAGAUAGAUCAGUAAUGACCGAUCUUAAAUCCGUGUCAGAUGUCAGCUUGAUCUCUGGA